AUGCUCCUGCCCCUGGCGCUGCUCUUGCUCGGGCCCCUGGCGCAGGCGGCCGAGCACCCCGAGGCGGCGCGGGGGGCGCCCUCCCUGCCCAACGGCUCGCACUUCUUCUGGAGCAACUACACCUUCUCCGACUGGCAGAACUUCGUGGGCCGGCGGCGCUACGGGGCCGAGUCCCAGAACCCCGCGGUGAAGGCGCUGCUGACCGUGGCCUACGCCCUCAUCAUCGUCUGCUCCGUCUUCGGCAACGCGCUGGUCUGUCAUGUCAUCGGCAAGAGCCGGCGCCUGCACUCGGCCACCAGCCUCUUCAUCGUCAACCUGGCCGUGGCCGACAUCCUCAUCACCCUGCUCAACACGCCCUUCACCCUGGUCCGCUUUGUGAACAGCACCUGGGUGUUUGGGAAGGCCAUGUGCCACGUCAGCCGCUUCGCCCAGUACUGCUCCCUGCACGUCUCGGCGCUGACCCUGACGGCCAUCGCUGUGGACCGCCACCAGGUCAUCAUGCACCCGCUGCGGCCCCGCAUCUCCAUCACGAAGGGCCUCGUCUGCGUGGCGGUCAUCUGGGCCAUGGCCACGUUCUUCUCGCUGCCUCACGCCAUCUGCCAGAAGCUGUUUACCUUCAAGUACAGCGAGGACGUCGUCCGCUCCCUGUGCCUGCCCGACUUCCCCGAGCCCGCCGACCUCUUCUGGAAGUACCUGGACCUGGCCACCUUCGUCCUGCUCUACCUCCUGCCCCUGCUGGUCAUCUCCGUGGCCUACGCCCGGGUGGCCAAGAAGCUGUGGCUGUGCAACACCAUCGGCGACGUGACCACGGCACAGUACCUGGCCCUGCGGCGCAAGAGGAAGACCACCGUCAAGAUGCUGGUGCUGGUGGUGGUGCUCUUCGCCCUCUGCUGGUUCCCCCUCAACUGCUACGUCCUGCUGCUGUCCAGCCGGGCCAUCCGCACCAACAACGCCCUCUACUUCGCCUUCCACUGGCUCGCCAUGAGCAGCACCUGCUACAACCCCUUCAUCUACUGCUGGCUCAACGAGAGCUUCCGGGAGCUCAAGGCGCUGCUGAGCGUGUGCCAGAGGCCGCCCAGCCCCCGCAGGGAGCCGCCGCCCGCCCCCGGCCCCUCCUUCAGGGUGGCCUGGCCCGAGAAGAGCCGCAGCCGCGGGGCCCCGCUGGCCGACCAGCUCCUGCCCGCCGCCCACGCCCAGUCCGGGAAGACGGACUUGUCAGCCGUGGAGCCCGUCGUGACCAUGGACUAG